UCAAGCAGGAGCCCCGGGCUAGAAAUCUGGAAUUGUGUGUGUGUUUGUGAGCUUUGUGAACUGGCGGUUGUGGCGCGAUGUGAAGCAAGCGUGAUUUUAUGUGUGCAGGAAGGUGAUUGGAGGCAUCUGCAGACAGCAUGGCUGUGGCGAGCAGCUGAUACAAUGCUGGCGGCGGAGCAGCAGCCCGCCCCAACCUAGCCCGUCGCAUUACGAACGCUUCCUUCACGGGCGCGCUGGAGGGCGGUCCCCUGGGCGGCAGCGGCGGCGCGCUCGGGCCACUGCGCGCGCCCAGCUCGCCGCCCGCCUCCAGCGUAGCCACCAGUCGCCACAGUCUCAUGGACAUGAUGACGUGUCGGCUGGGUUCUCGGCGGCUGGGCGGUUCAGGAGGAUCGUUGCAGCCCGGCACAGCAUGUUCCGCCGCCAGCGAGCUUGAUUUGAGCUCGCGCCGCGCACACAAAUCUAGCCAUUACAGAUUAAAAUUACUGGGCGCAAGUGGCGAAGCCCCACUUUUGGGGGGAUGGCGAAGCACCCCACAUACGCCGCGGGCACCCGCUACCCCUGCACAGCAUCAGUCGCACAAUCAUCUAGCAUCAAAUUGCAACGGUACCGAUAGUAGCAGUAGAAAUCUCAGACGGCGUUCGACAUACACAAGCGGAAGGUUCGGAUUCGGGCUAUCGUUUUCAUUCGUAUUCGACCCGGCCGGUCGCCUAUGUUACUACUGGUCCAUGGUGGUCUCCCUCGCCUUCCUCUACAAUCUAUGGGUCAUCGUAUAUAGAUUCGCAUUUCAAGAAAUUAAUGGUGAAACAUUAAUAGUGUGGUUUUGCUUGGACUAUUUCUCGGACUUUCUAUAUAUAGUGGACAUUGUGUUUCAUUUUCGGACUGGUUAUUUGGAAGACGGUGUUUUACAGACUGAACCGGCAAAAUUGCGCCAACAUUAUAUGAACUCAACAACGUUCUACAUAGAUUGUCUAUGUUUAUUACCGCUUGAUUUCCUCUAUUUGUCUAUUGGUUUUAAUUCAAUACUACGUUCAUUUCGACUAGUGAAAAUUUAUCGUUUCUGGGCGUUCAUGGACAGAACGGAGAGACACACAAAUUAUCCAAAUUUGUUUAGAUCAACCAGUUUAAUUCAUUAUUUAUUAGUGAUAUUCCAUUGGAACGGGUGCUUGUAUCAUAUUAUAUAUAAGAAUAAUGGUUUCGGUAGUAAAAACUGGGUGUACCACGACACGGAGACGGCGGAUGUUGUGAAGCAAUAUCUGCAAAGUUAUUACUGGUGCACGCUGGCUUUGACGACGAUAGGUGAUCUGCCUCGUCCACGCAGUAAAGGCGAAUACGUGUUUGUGAUCGCCCAACUACUGUUCGGCUUGCUUCUCUUCGCGACAGUGUUGGGGCACGUAGCUAACAUUGUCACGUCAGUCAGCACAGCCAGGAAGGAGUUUCAGGCGAAACUAGAUGGCGUUAAAACCUACAUGCGCAUGCGACGAGUCCCAAACCACCUGCAAGUGAAGGUCAUUAAGUGGUUUGACUAUCUGUGGCUGACACAGAAGUGCUCAGACGAGGAAAAGGCUGUGUCGUGUCUUCCCGAUAAAUUAAAAGCAGAGAUAGCCAUAAAUGUUCACCUGGAUACUCUUAAGAGGGUGGAGAUUUUUCAAAAUACUGAAGCCGGUUUUUUAUGCGAGCUCGUGUUAAGACUUCGUCCAGUACUGUUCUCACCAGGGGAUUAUAUCUGCAGAAAAGGAGAAGUCGGAAAGGAAAUGUACAUAGUCAAUCGUGGGAAACUACAGGUGAUGGGUGACAACGGAAAAACUGUGCUGGCAACACUAAAAGCGGGUUCUUAUUUUGGCGAAAUUUCAAUUCUGAAUAUGGGGACCGCAGGUAAACAACUUGGCAACCGUCGCACAGCGUCUGUUCGCUCCGUGGGAUAUUCGGACCUGUUUGUGCUGAGCAAGAACGAUAUGUGGGAUGUGCUAAAAGAGUAUCCGGCUGCCCGCGUCCGGCUCGAAGCAAUCGCAGUCAAGAGACUCGAGAAGUACAGAAGGGUGCCAGUUGACAAAGGUUCGUGUACUACCGUAGGCAUGGGUCGUUGCUUUUCGACACCUGGUAUUAUGGAGACAAUUCGCAAAGAGGACGCGAAGCUCUACCAACAGCCUUUGGGGCUAUCAAUCCAUUCGUCGCAUCCGCCUUCCUUCCGGGACCAAAUUUAUAGUUCGUCAGUUAGUCCUCUACGUGUAGCAUCACCAGUGGUAUCAUGUGGUUCAAGUGCCCGCAGUAGCGGCGCAGGUCCUGGUAGCAUGGCGACCACAGGCCCCAAAGUGAUGCGCGACUCCCAUGACGCGCUAGAGUCAGAAAUAAAGAGACUGCGCGAGCGACUGUAUACGGUGGAAACUGAAAAUGCAGCGAUGUCAGCUAAACUAAACCAGCAACAAUGGGAAGUUGAUCAAAGAUUGCAAGAAAUAGAGAUGCAGAUCUGUGGAGGAAGUUCUUUGAGCUCACAGGAGGAGAACGAACGAAACCGGGAGAGCAUUAUAUAACGGCGCGCCUCACCCGCGCCCAUCCGUCGUGUUUCCCCUACACAUACGAUGCGCAUUGCCGCCGUUUGCUGAAACAAACGAGUGUUGAGUGACAGGACAAUUGGUCAGAAAUUUGACAGUUCAGUAAUCGGACUUCUUGUCAUAAAAAUUGACGGUUUUUCGGAAAGACUUCGGUGUUUUGAAAAUGUAAUUGUAUUAACGAAUUAUACAUUAUAUAUACUCGCUAUAACGAGAGAUUGUGUAGUGAGAUUUUGUCGAGACAAUAUUUAAAUUUAAACAUAUGUGCGUGAAGUGGCGUGUGAGACCUGUAUUUGCAGGUUACGUUUAUUAUAAAUAACUUUACGUUCACGUUGGUUUGUGUGUAUGAGAAUUUUACGAAAUUUUUAUCACUUCGAGCGGCGCGUUAUUUAUGAAUUGACAUUUAGAUUAUACAUAAGCCUCGAAAUGUCAAGCCAGGGUUAUUUUAAAAUAAUCAAUACAUAAACUAAAACAGCGGGCUUGGUGAAAUUCACUAAUGUGUUUCUGUAGUUGUAUUAAGAUUCACAAAUGAUAGCUUAAUUAUAUGUAUCCAAAGAACGAUACAGCCUCCCACGGAUAAUUCAGAUUAGUUUAAGACUGAUUUAAGAAAGCACAAUACAUUUUAGCUUCCAAUUAAAUGUCUUACAGUACAGUACGAUGUAUUUCGUACUCAAUACAUUACCUCUCGAACUGUGUUUACGCUGUAAUGAGAUUUCUAGUUAAAACAAUUUAAUGAAAUUGAUAUGGUUUUGUAUGCGGUGAAUACAUUACUAGGCUCAUAAUGAAUUACAACUUAUACAACUGGUUGGAAAUCUUAAUAGUGCAUUCUUUUUUUCUAUCAUUUCGAUUAAAAUAACCCUGUAGAGACAAUGUAAGUUAAAAUUACCGAUUAUUAAAUUUAUCCACUGAGUUUAAGAUUAUGGUUAAUCUGGAUGUUCAAUCUUAUGUUAACUUAAUUAGGUAGGUCUUCAUUGUCAAUAACUUUUUAAGUAUCAAUGAGUUUGACAUAGUAAAUCUUUGUUAUAUGGAUAUAUUUGCUGCGUUGUGUACAAUAUCAAUAUCAUUACGUGUUUAAUACGUCAAACUCAUGGUUGAUCUCAGGCCGUAGCAUGAACAUUACGAUAGGAUCAGUUCGUAUACACAUUCCUUAUAAAGUUUUUUUUACAAAAUUAAACAAAUCUUUACAUAUAAUUAAGUAUUUAAAGGUUAAAUGUAUUGGUAAAUGACUGGUGUAAAUGAUUUUAAACUACCUUAUGCAAAGAAAUCUAUCAACUAACUAAAAUAAAGUCAAUAAAGGAACCUCCAUAGUAUCGUUUCACAAGCGUGUGUUGCGAUCCUUGGGGGGGGGGGGGUGGUUUUAAAAGGGGGUUGCAGUCUAUUGAUACACAAAAGAUUCGUUAAAAAUAGCGUAAUAUAUCAAUAUAUAUUACAGUCACGGGAUAGCAAGACCUUAACUUAUUGGCUUUUUCGUGGUUCGCGACAUAAAAAUGCUUGGAAAAGGAUGCCUUAGGGCAGAAUUACUUAUAUACUUGUAAAAACUUCUCCAUAUAACAAAUAGCUCAUGUUCCAUGUAAUCCAUAUACAUUUCUUUUCUAUUACCAUAACUAAUAACUAUUCGAUAUUGUUCGUGCUAAAGUCUUAGAUGUCAUAAAAUCGCUACCAAAAACGGAAUCAGAUAAACGGCAUUUUAAUUUUUAAUUAUACAAACAUUCGUCGUAUUUAAUACACAGCAUACUGUCUGGGCUCACUGAAAAUCAACGCUAGUGACAGCCAUUUAAAGUUGGUUGGGUGUUUGUUCUUUUUUAUGGUAGCAACACUUAUUAAACAGUCCUUUUUUCUUUAAUUUAACGGGAAUUGUAACGUGCCAGUCGUCACAGUUGUGCGGACGUAUUUUCCGUGCUGAGUUUUGUCAAUUGAUGAAUUGACAAAUGCGUCAAGUAUUAAGAUUAGCAUCAUUAGUAUCAGCAGCAUUCCAAUUCCAAUACUAAGUUUCCCUAUAGUUCCAAAUUUGCGACAGUGCUGCGGUUUGAACUAUAUCGAAAUUGUAUUUCGCUUAGUUGACUUCAGGCCACAAAUUAUUAAGUUAAUAAUCCAACAAAUAUCUACCAAGGAAAUGGAUGAUGUAAUAUUUAAAUCAUACGAUGAUCUAUAUUCUAUAGGUUUUAGUGACCUCGCCCAUACAGUACUUAAUAAACUUACACAGAACAACAUGUGUCUUCUGAAACCGAAAAUCCCUUGAACAGAGUUACCGGAUUCUUUUUGGAAGCGGUUUUUAUAUUAAAUGUAGUUAAAUUGUUCAAUAACAAAAGAACCACGUGUUUACUGAGAUUAUCUCUCGUAAGAUAGAGCAGUUAUUCAGAAUAGUUUUGGUAUUUUGUAAAUCACUACUGCCAAAUAAGAUAAGUAUAGGUUAUACUCAUUGUUUUAUACUCUAUAAAUCACUCGAAGGCGUGAGGCUACGACCGCACUGACGGGUUAAGCUAUAGCUCACACUGCUAGUAGCAAUAUAAGAGAGAUACUUGGAAAAAGAGUAUAGCUCCCUUAUAUCCAAUAAAUUUGUCGUCCGGGAGUUAACACUCAUAGUCGCCGAAACAUAGCCUUAGAGACGUAGUGCUGAAUAUGACUUCAUAAUGUCAAAAAUAAGCAUUUUCGAGCCCUCUGGCUUUAUAGUGUUCAUAGACACCUAUUGGUAAAAUAUUACUCGGGGAGUGGAGACCCAUGACUGACAUUGUAGUUUAUGUCAAAUUUUCAUCAGUGGUUGACAUUUAUACGUCCUUUGAGUUAUGUUAAACUUUCAUAUCUACUUAGUACUCAUUCUUAGCGCAGACAAGAUUGAGAUUACAAUGACCUAGGCUAGGCCUGAGCUAGUACUCUUUUAAAUAUCAACCAGAAUUAGUCACGACAAAAAAAUAUAUACAACUAUACGUACCUAAGAUAGAUCACUAAAUUAUACAAAAGUAGUAAUCACUACGUGUCAAUCAGCCUUGUCAGUGUGUGCGUAGCCUGGUAGAUCGAAGCAGUUUGCUUAGUAUUUCUUAAAAUUAAUUUAGAAGUUAUGUGGAAUGCUAUCUUUAAAUGUACAUAUAUCUAAAAUAUUUAAGGCUGUUUUCAUUGGGAUAAAUUUAUGUUAAGCCACGAGCGUUAUUGGAAAGGAAUGAACGUUGCUCAUUGCGAGAUUCCGCUUGUGUUGGCCACAGAUCUUUUAAUACCUUUAACUAAAAUAAACAGAAAAGUAUUGUACCAUCUAAUUGGUGGAGGUGGAUUUUAUUGUCUAUUGUAAUUGGUUGUUUGGGGAACACUUUUGCUGAUUAUGAGGCAGGCAAUGAAAUAUAACAUGUAUGUCUCUUUAGUAAUAUUGUACUCUGAUCCUCCCAUUGACUUGAUUUUGAUUAAAGUUUCCGUCUUUUUAUCACGUAUAAACACAAUUUAAUAGAGAUCUGUUGUUACUUUAGCAAAUUAGUCUUAUACUGACCCAUCACUUCCGAAUCGAUGCAAAACGUGUGUCACUAAUCAACUCUUCGCUUUAGCCACUCUUAUUUAUUACAAUUUACUUGUUAUUUCUGACAUUAAUAAUUGCCUUAAUUUUGGUUAAAGAUUGUAUUUGCUUUAUGAACCGCUAACAUACCAACACUUUCAUAAUAAUAAGAUUCAAAAUAACAUUUUAUUAGUCUCCAGUAUACUGUUAUGUAGCUUUUGAUAAAAUCUAGAUGUUAAUUUAUUUGUGUCACAUCAAAAACAUGAACUGUGGCUGAACGUGUAAAAAUGGUCCAAUUUUAUUUCGUUAAUCAUACAUAUAACGUAUGUUUUACUGUAUAUAAAAAUUUAUUUACUGUUAUUAUCCAUCGUAAUUCUUGCAUUUCUCUUGUAAGUUAUAAGCGAAUAUUAAAACGAAAAUGCAAGCUUUUUACCUAAUAAUUAUUAAUAUUAUAUCUAGUGAUUCUCAACGAUUUUGUAUAAGAGUGUUCGUACACGUAAAUUGUCUAACUUAACCAACCUUCCAUAUGGCUAGACUAGGACUGUAUAUAUCAGUUUUUAAGCCUAUGUAACCAUUAUAUGAAAUAGCUACAUACAUUGGCGGUUUUGUUUCGAUCUUCAUAAAGAACUUUCUUAAUUUCAUAAAUAAAUAAAUCGAUUUUUUUUAUAUUUAAUCUCGAUGUUUAUCAAUAGUUAAGCUACAGGCUUGACCGUCAUUAAAAAUUGUUGGAAUUAUAUUAGUUCCACCUUUGUUACGUGGACAAAUAUGGCGUACUGCGUCACGCCUGUCGCAAAGUACUUUGUCUACGGUUUCGCGUUAUCAUUUCUAGCCGUGUGCGAGCGCUCUUAUAUUUCGUUAUAAUUGAAUUUUUUUUAAGAUAAGGUGAAAUAUAUAAGGACAAGAUUCCAUUAGCUAGUUGUUUCCGGACCCAGGCUUGUGGAUUUUGGAAAAAUCAAUUAUGUACGUCACUCAUUCAUUUUAUUGUUAAUACAAACAUU